GGCGUGGCGAUACAGUUGACGAUUCACGGGUUUAUUUAUUUCUCGUUGAUAAAGACAGAAGUUUCGUGAUAAAAUAUAGAUAAAGUAUUAAUAAUUACUUAGAUAGAAAUUUGUUGCAACAAUUAACAUGUCUUACCAGCUAUACAGAAAUACAACGGUAGGUAAUACCCUGCAGGAGAGCCUCGAUGAACUUAUUCAGUAUGGACAGAUAACUCCCCAACUGGCUAUCAAAGUUCUUUUGCAAUUCGAUAAGGCGAUCAAUCAGGCUCUUGCAACGAGAGUCAAGUCAAGACUAACAUUUAAGGCUGGAAAACUGAGCACAUACAGAUUUUGUGAUAAUGUUUGGACCUUCAUGCUGAAAGAUGUCGAGUUUCGUGAGGUACAAGAAGUAGCCAAUAUUGGUACAGUCAAAAUAGUCGCCUGUGAUGGUAAAACCCUAGAUGCUGACGGUGCAGCGAGACGAUAACGAAGAGUACAAAUAUUUAUAAAAAUGGGCAUAAUUUUCAUCACUGGAACAACAAUAUUCGUGUUACAAUGGCGAUCAGAUAUACUCAACCAUUGAUCAGUCCAGUAAACAAAUUCAGGAAUAGCUAGACUGAAGUAAUUACAUGAUAUCGAAAAAAAUGAUUUCAUCGUUAUUUUGUGUAUUCUGUAUUUUCGACAACUCUGUAUACGUUUACAUUGUGAUCGCAUUUCCUAUUUCCAAGAUGAUUCAUUAAUAAAGGGAGAUAUUUCGUGUACCCAAA